AUUUCCUUGCAAGCUAUCUCUUCCACCAUUAAUAUACAGACCACAUCAUCUCACCCCAAAACAUCAAGUGGACCAUGGAGAUUAACGUAGUAGAUGAAGACGCUCAGCACGGCCAGCCGCUCUUAGAGGAUCAGAACCGUUCAUCAGCACCGGCCAACCAAAAUCAAAAGAACAUAGUGCAAAAAGCCAUCGACCAGACAUUCAAGAGCACGGCACAUCUGGCCAACCUUCUACCAACGGGUACCGUUCUAGCAUUCCAGCUCCUAUCUCCCAUAUUCACCAACCAAGGCCAGUGUGACAACGUUUGCCAGUACAUGACGGCGGGCCUCAUCGCCAUUUGCGGUCUUUCAUGUUUUGUAUUGAGUUUUACAGAUAGCUUCAGGGAUAAGAGCGGUAACGUCUGUUACGGGCUGGCGACGUUGAAGGGGUUGUGGGUCCUUAACGGUGAAGAUGCUUCCAUCCUUACUCCAGAGGUCGUGGCGGGCUAUAGAUUGAAGUUCAUUGACUUCAUCCACGCAUUCAUGUCGAUAUUGCUUUUUGCUGCGGUGGCUUUAUUAGAUCAGAACGUGGUGAGUUGCUUUUAUCCAAAUCCAUCAAGGGAGACGGAGGAGAUGCUCACGUCCUUGCCAAUUGGGAUCGGAGUCAUUUGCAGCAUGAUGUUUGUUACGUUCCCUACCAGACGCCAUGGAAUCGGCUUUCCAAUCUCAUCUAGCUAGCAUCUCUCUUCUUCUUCUUCUUCUUCUUAUAUAUUCACAUACAUACCUUAUACUUGAACAUUGUUGCCAUCGGGAGCCAUUUGUAUCAUGUGUAUUUCAACAAAUUCUU